AGUUUUGUCUACUCAUAUGGUAAUACUAGUCCAUGUUCAGUUGGUCAUAAAAAGACGGCCAAACACGCCUUCCAUUUCAGCGUUAUUCCUUCUGCCCCUCUCUCGUGGCCUUUGUUUGACCCAUUAGUGCCGGCUUUGGCCAGACACCCCUCCCAUUAAAAUCAUCAAACCAUUUUGCCUGCUUCUGUAUCAGCAAUGGCUCCUGCAAUAGCCUUGGCGUUUGCCAUGCUGGUUUUGUUCAUGAUUCUUCGGUUCUUGUCAACGACAUCGUCAUUAAGCAUACUUGGACGACUCUGGCGAUCUUUCGAGGACUUGUUUCACGUCCACCAACUCUACCGGGUACCACAGACGGACCAUGAACAUCUCCAGCAGAACCAACUCUACCGCAAAGUCUCCACUUACCUCAACUCCCUGCCUUCCCACCACGAAGACGCCGAUGUCACCAACCUAUUCACGGGUCCAAAACCAAACGACAUCAUCCUCCGCUUCGACCCGGAAAAACAUUCCAUACCCGACACCUUCCUCGGUGCCAAAAUGUCUUGGACACAUGUAGAGAGGACAUUCGUGUUGAAGCUGAGAAAGAAAGACAAGCGUCGGGUUUUGCGUCCUUACUUGCAACACAUUCUGUCCGUUGCCGAGGAGAACGAGCUAAGCAAUAGGGAGAUAAGGAUGUAUAUGAAUUUCCCGGCGGUGGAGGGUAUGCAUGGACGGUGGAGAUGGGUUCAAUUCAACCAUCCGGCAACUUUUGAUACGGUGGUCAUGGACGGUGAUGUGAAGAACAAGGUGAAGUCGGAUCUCGAGUCAUUUUUGAAGUCUAAGCAGUAUUACAACAAGUUGGGUCGGGUUUGGAAACGGAGUUAUCUUCUAUACGGUGCGUCUGGUACGGGAAAGUCAAGUUUCAUCGCCGCCAUGGCUAAGUUCCUCUGUUUUGACGUGUAUGAUGUUGACCUGUCCAGAGUUUCCGACGACGCUGAUUUAAAGAUGCUUCUGCUGGAAACCACUGCCAGGUCAGUGAUCGUGAUUGAGGGGCUCGAUCGGUUCUUGACGGAGAAAUCAACGACGGUGAGCUUGUCCGGUAUAUUGAAUUUCAUGGACGGGAUCAUAUCGUGUUGUGGCAAGGAACGUGUGAUGGUGUUCACGAUGAACAGUAAGGAUCAGAUUGAUCAAGCGGUGAUGAGGCCUGGACGGAUUGAUGUUCACAUUCAUUUUCCACCGUGUGAUUUCUCCGCCUUCAAGGGCUUGGCGAACAGCUAUUUGGGAGUGAAGGAGCACAAGCUUUUCAGCCAAGUGGAGGAAAUGAUCCAAUACGGGUCGAGCUUGAGUCCGGCGGAGAUCGGUGAGAUUAUGAUCUCGAACCGGAGUUCUCCGAGUCGGGCCAUUAAAUACGUGAUCACUGCUUUACAAGCCAACAGAAAGAUCGGGCAAAGAUUGAGCGAAGACGGGUCGGGUCACGGUGUGGAAAAUAAGGGUGAUCGAGAGCCGGGAAGCUUGUUUGAUCGGGAGAACUCGGUGAAAGAUUUUCGAAAGUUGUACGGACUAUUGAGAAUGGGAAGCAAGAGAAAAGAUGAGCCAUACGAUUUAGGAUCUAUUGACAAACAAUGAUCAGGAUUUGAUUAGUAAUAGUGCCCAGUAAAAUUUGAAGGGCUUCCUUACGAUAUACCUACAAUAUUUUUUAAAUGUUAUUUAUUUUUUUUGUUUUAUGUAAA